AUGCUUCUCGUGCACCAGACAGGCAGCGUCAAGGUCGGCGAAGUCAUCCGCUACACCGUCACCUACACGCCAUCGCAAGAUCGCAUCCUGCCCUCCCCCGAGAAGCUAUACCUUCGAAUCAAGAAUACGUCUGCGAUCGCUCUCCGCGCGGCUUUUGUCCACGGUCCCUACACGCUCUCUGUCGCUGCCUACCCGCAAGGCUUCAAUCCAAACGAGAAAUUCGCCAGCUCCAAGUAUGGCGUACCCGAGUUCGAGCCCAUGGUCAAGGCGGGAGGAUCCUGGGAGUGUGAGUUGAUCGUGCCAGAGGACAUUCGACAAGGUGCGGGCGCGGGCGCUCACGGUGGAUUUGGAAAGAGCCACGACCAUGACCAGGAGAAGGCGAGCUGGGUGGUGGAGGUCUCUUCCCAGGUCAUCUUCUCCACUAGCGCCGCCGUUGGUUACGAAGUGCUCCUGGCGAGGGACAAGAAAUCCCUGAGUCUCGGUGGCGCGGUCCCUGGGAUGUCAAACCAGAACCAUCAGUCGCAGCCUGGUAAGCUCGCAGACCACCAGCAGAGCAUCGGGUCGAAGGAUGGGCAUCAUGCUGGGCAACCAAAGGGUAUCUUUUCCGGGGCCGUACAACUCUCGGUGGAGGAUACUGCGUCGCUCUGGAAUACACCGCGGCUACCGGAAUGGGACGACAAGGGCGACGAAAGAGUUGACAAACGUGGGGCCUCGGAUAAGCCGGUAGAGAGCAUGGUCAACACGGGAGAUAAGGAGACGCAGGAAGAUCACAUGCCACAGAAGCAGAACAAGGUGCACCUAGUGGUCCUGACGCACGGGCUGCACAGCAAUCUCGGAGCUGAUAUGCUGUUCAUCAAGGAGAGCAUCGACGCCGCCGUCGCGCAAGCAAAAAUCGACCGCAAAGAGAGGCGUGCCAGGGAGAAAUGUUCCAGGAGGACAUCAGACGACGAGCGAAGCGCCACCCCAACAGAGCCUAGGUCAGCCCAAGACCAGGAGGAUAACAAAGUUGUCGAUGACGGCGAUGACGGCGAUGACGAUGAUGAGGAAGUCAUUGUCCGAGGUUACUCAGGUAAUGCAACUAAGACGGAGCGUGGUAUCAAGUACCUUGGUAAGCGACUGGCACGAUAUGUCCUCUCCAUGACGUAUCCCGAUCAACCUUUUCUGCCCGUGGGCAACGAUAUGACCGACCACAGCGAGUAUAACACCAGGGUGGGCAAAGCGGCACACGACAAGACCAACGAAGGCAAGACAACGCACAAGCACAGCACUGGCCACACGGGGAGGCAUCACCAUGCCAAAGAGCACCGGCCAUACAAGAUCACCAGCAUCAGUUUCAUCGCGCAUUCCCUGGGAGGCCUCGUGCAGACCUAUGCCGUUGCGUACAUUCAAAAGCACUCCCCAGAAUUCUUUACGCGCAUCACGCCAAUCAACUUUAUCGCACUCGCCACUCCAUUCCUAGGACUUAGUAAUGAGAAUCCCAUGUACGUCAAGUUUGCGCUGGACUUUGGUCUUGUGGGCCGCACAGGAAAGGACUUGGGCUUGACCUGGCGGGCGCCGACCUUGGCCAGAAGCGGAUGGGGCGCCAUUGUGGGCAAUCUGGGCGAGACCGCGCACAAAAGGGUCUAUGGCGAGUCGCAACCAGAGUCGAAACCGCUUCUCAGGAUUCUGCCCACCGGCCCGGCGCACACUGCGCUUAAGAAGUUCAGGAAUCGCACGGUGUACUCGAACGUCGUGAAUGAUGGUAUCGUCCCCUUGCGAACGAGCUGUCUUCUCUUCCUAGACUGGCACGGCCUGGGUAGAGUCGAAAAGGCCAGAAGAGAUGCUGGCCUCGUCGAGACGAUGGUAGGCUUUGGCUGGGCUGAGCUGACGGGGACAAACAUGGCGAACACGAGGCUCAGGCAAUCGCUUCCUCCAGGGGCGUCAACAAACGACCAAACGACCGAUUCUGGAACUGAUACGCCCAGAGGCAACAUGUCUCAGGUCCCUCAACCGUCGACAAACGCUGUCGAGGAGGACGACCGCGUGAGCUUAGAAUCAGUGGUCUCGCCGCAGGGCGAGAACGGGCCAUCUGAGCAAGCGUCUCAGCAAGGCGUUCCGGGCCCCUUGUCAGGCUUCUUCAAUUUUUUCCGAAGCAACGACACCAAACCUCCCCCAAUGACCCACAAGCAGAGGCAGAUCUAUGAUAAAAGUCAGACCAAGAAAGGUGAGCUUGCAUCUAGCACUACGCUCACCUCUGGGACGUCGGAGUCUACCGAGGUUGAGCCUGCACGGGCCCAGGGCAAGGCAACGACAGGCCAGGAGUUUGAAGAGGAGAUCAACGCCCUGAAUACGCCUCCCCGCACUACUUUCUUUGAGGCGGCAGGCGAUCUCCUCAACCCACACGUGCCGGAUGUUGAGUAUUUGGUCGACCCCGCGAAGCGGCCCCGGACCAUUUUCCACGAUCGUGUGUAUCACCCGCAAGACAUCCCUGCGCCGCCGAUGAAAAAGCGGCCUACGCCACCGGUACGCCGGAGAACCUUUGGCCGGUCGAACACGGGAACGCUGUCGAAUACUUCAUCCUCCGCACAUGGGUCGUCAAAGUCGGAUGAAUCCGACACGGCGACCAAAGACCAGGAGGCUCAUAGGGUAUCCGGCCCAGAGGAGCCAGGAGCCGAACACGUCGUUGAUGCGUCGAGCAUGCGGGUCGAAGAGAAGAUUGCUCGCGGCUACCACAGAGACCUCUCCUGGCGAAAGGUGCUUGUCAAGCUCGAGCCGGAUGCCCACAACAACAUUUUUGUGCGACGCAUGUUUGUGAAUGCAUAUGGUUGGCCUGUUGUUAAGCACAUCUGCGAUGCACACUUUAGCGACUCGGCAGCGGCGCGCAUGCGUGAUGAAGACGAGGUGUCCGGCGAGCGUGCCCUGGACAUGAACCAACCACCGCACGAGGACGGCGGGGAAACCAAGAGCGAUUCAAAGAGCGCCGAGCGCAAGACAUCCGAGGCGCGGACAAAUAGCGAAUCCCGCGAGGCAGAAGAUAAAGUCCCGGACCUGCGCAGCACCGCGCCCAGCUCACCCGGCCGAACGAAGCAGGAGUCGGAGCCUCGGCCGUUGGAGCGAGGUGAUUCCAUGUCGUGGUCCGAUCGCGACUGGGUCGACUCUGAAGUCGAGAGUGAUGUCGAUUUCGGGGAGGCGAGUCCGACCAAGGAAUGGAAUUGGAAGGAGAAGAUUGUGGGCAAGGGAGGCAAUGCGAGGCCGUCGGGGGCCAAGAGUCCCAGAGCCGCAUAG